AUGGCCGGAGCACCGCCAAAGCCUCCGCGGCUCCCACACUUCGCUGACGAAGAUGCCUUUGCGGACUUCUUGCUUGCUAGGCUGGCGAAGGGAUUUGGGCCGGCCUUCGUGGCCUUGCUGACCGAAGCUUACAGGGAGUUUGAGCCCAACCUGGCCAAGUAUGUCCUGGACAGCGAGACUGGUAACGGCUGUGGCUACCGGGCUCUGGCACAGGUUGCAUCCCAGCAGGGUGUCGCGGUCUAUUUGGGCAUGGUGAGGUUGGGCCCAACAAGACCAGUAAGGUGGAGAUCUGAUUGCACGGAGAUACUACAUCCGCGAGGACAGGAUUUUCUCGGACUUGCAGAGGAACAUGUGGCUGACCUUUGUGCACGGCGGCCGGCUCUCCAACAUAGACAUAGGCUGGAAUGGCCUGGAUGA